AUGGAAAACGAGAAGCGCUCUGUAGAGAGAAAUGCCGGAGAAGACGCUGAAGAUGAUGAGACGAAGAUAGACGAAUUCUUUGCAUUGAUCAGAAAUAUCAGGGAUAUAAGGAACCAAUUGAACGAUCAAACGGAGAAGGUGCACAAUAACAGGAAGAGGAAGUCCAAUUCCGAUUCCGACGACCACCACCGGAAAUCUACCUCCGCCUGGGUGCCGGCAUUUCAAUGGGAAGAUUUUACAACAGAGGUUGAGUUCAGAAGACCUUCUUCCGUUUUGCCGUCUCCAUGUAAUAAUGGAAACGAGAUUAUUAAGAAAGACGACGAGGUUAACGGAUCCAGUGGAUUAGACCUCAAGUUGACACUUUAA